CAGUAGGAUUAGGCAUUUGGUACCUGUUACCGAUGGGUACCUGCAUUCAUAGAAUUGCACUUGCCGUUCCGUGGCAAUCUGCAAUGCGCCGUUUGUCCACAGGCUCUGGCCCGGGUCAAAGGCCACCUAUCUUAGGUACCUAGGUACCUGGUAGACAUCGCCGCUCCUUCCCUUUCUUAUUCAAGCUCCCCUCGUCAGUUCGACGCCCACCCGCAACCACUCCGGAGUUCAACUGAUCGGUAUCAGAAAUCAAGCCAAUCCAUUCCAUCAUACUUCUUUCCCUGAGUGCCCGUCACUCACUAAAAGCCUCAGCCUUGGGUCGAGCUGUCCUACUGUCGUCCGAAGGUCCUGCUUAGGAAACUACUUUGAAUUUUAGAUCGAGUACUCUCUGCCAAAGCCUGUUGCUGCUCCAGUAGAAAGAUGAAUAUUGUAGGGACCACCCCAGGCGCCCAGUCUGCAAUAGACAUCAUUGAAAACCAUGUCUUUUUCCGACCCAACAAAGGAAAGGGCUGGCGGUCCAAACCAGAGCUUCCUGUCGCUGAGGAGAUCUUAGCCAGGCAGUCAGACAUCGAUGAAUUGCCGGAGAAUCCCGUCGAUACCGCAUGGGCAUCCAAGGACGAAUAUCUCGCUGCCCAGUAUGGCAUUCUUCGCUGCGAAGCGGUUGAAGGAUUACGCUACUCGGUCAGGACCUUCGCCGACCAUCGGGACAAGGAACCUAUGAUGGACGACGACUUCACAAAUAUCUACACCAAGGUGCACGUCAACAAGUACGUGAUGUCUACCAUCGGUCCCCUCGUCACGGUCUCGUUUUCCACCAACCGGUCACGGUACAGGAUCCAGUGGAAGCAGUCGAAGCGUCUCCAGCCGGGGAAGAUUGUGGCCCUUUCUCCAAAAAGCGACGGGUUCAAGAGCGUCUGCAAGAUUGCGACGGUUGCUCAACGGCCUUACCGUGACGGGCUCGAUCAGGACCCUCCCGAAGUGGACCUCCUCUGGGCGAAUCCCGAGGACGCAGUUCUUGAUCCAACCCUUGAGAUGAUUAUGAUCGAGUCGCUUCAUGGAUACUAUGAAUCGGCCCGCCAUGCGUUGGUCGGGCUGCAGCAUGCCGCUCAAACUGACUCGCCGCUCGACAAGUAUCUCAUUGGCGCUUGCACUAAAGACAAUUCACCUGCCUUCCUCAGAGAUAAUCCGGUCAUGGACCUAUCCUCGCUCGCCAACCGUACCAUCGGCGGGGGAGAUUCUGAAGCACUCACGUUAAAACAGCGUCUGAAGACGCACGAUAUUGUCAGCAGCGAGGUCCCAGCCUUGGAAGGUCUCACCUACCUCGAUGAGUCUCAGCUACUCGGCCUCCAUCGCAUCAUCUCGAAGGAAUUAGGUAUUGUGCAGGGUCCGCCGGGCACGGGCAAGACGUACACAUCAGUGGAGGCGCUAAAGGUCAUGGUCAACAAUCGACGCCGGCAUCGAGGACCCCCUAUUGUUGUUGCCGCUCAGACAAAUCAUGCUCUGGAUCAGAUACUGGUUCACUGCAUCAAGUCUGGUGCAAGUGUGCUUCGAAUCGGAGGAAGAACCCAGAAUGAAUUGAUCAAGCCGUACACCUUGUACGAGUGGCGCCAACGCCCGACAGUUCAGAUUCCCGCGGACCAUAAAUGCCACUCUGUCGACCACCAGCGCCGUGAGAACAUCAGGAAGAUUCAGGGGCUCGUCGAUGGUAUUUUCAGUGAUCGGCUUCUCGAUCCCGAUGCUCUCCUUAAAUUCGGCAUCAUCACGGAGGCUCAACACCGGUCUCUCACUGACGAUUCGAUGGAGACGCACGUUGUUAUGCAGGCCUAUGGCCCUUUUGCACUUUGGCUGGGUGACUGCCUCAUUCCCGCGCGGAUUCGCGAAGACCGGCACCCUACACAGCUUGAGGUGAGCGAAGCGGAGGGCCGCAAGAACCUCCCCGAGUUUGAGUGUGACGACGAUGAGGAGAUCGAGAAUAUCGCCGACGACGAGGAAGACCUGUACCGCUUCCGAGGCAGCCCCAUCAGGCUCAAACAUGUCUGGUCGGGCAAGGAUCCGGCGAACCUGACAUCCUGGGACCGCGCUGUCAGGCGAGCGCUUCAAACCGAUGACCUGUUCACAAUUAGCAGGGACUUACGCGGCGCUGUCUACCAAUACUUCCAGGCUAAACUGCUGGAGGCAAUGCGACCCGAGUUCGCCGCCCUGCUUGCCGAGAACGUGAGGCUCUGCCAGAAGCGCAAGGCCUUCAAAUUCCUGGGGAAUUUCCAACUCGUUGAAAAGCAGAAGAUCGAUAUCGUUGGCUGCACUACUACGGGGCUGACCAAGUACCGUGGGUGUCUGGCAGCGAUGCAGCCGCGAUCGCUGCUCAUCGAAGAGGCAGCAGAAACCCGCGAGGCCAACAUUGUGUCAGCACUCUACCCUUCAGUCCAGCAGCUCAUCUUGGUGGGAGACCACAAGCAGCUCGCACCCAAGUGCGACAUCCAGAGGCUCGGCUAUCCGCCUUACAAUCUCAACGUAUCGCUCUUCCAGAGGAUGGUCAACCUGGACAUGUCGUUUGUAAUGCUCAAGCACCAGCGUCGGAUGAAGCCAGAGCUCAGGCGUCUCCUGAAUCCUUUUUACCCUGAGUUAGUGGACCAUCCUUCCGUGGAAUCGAUCAUCCAUCGACCCGAUGUUCCCGGGAUGGGCGGCCGCAACUCCUGGUUUUUCCACCAUAACUGGCCGGAGGAGAUGAACUCGGAUUUCAGCAAGUUCAACGAGCAAGAGGCCGAUAUGAUCACCGGCUUCUUUGCCUACCUCGUCUCUAACGGGACUGCCCCAGAGAGCAUCACGGUUCUUACCUUCUACAAGGGCCAACGAAAGGUGCUACUGCGGAAACUGAAGCGGCACCCAGCGCUCAUAGGUUCGGCAUUCAAUGUGUGCACAAUUGAUUCUUAUCAAGGCGAGGAGAACGAUGUCAUUCUCCUAUCAUUGGUCCGCAGUCCCCAGCUGGACCGUUCCUGGGCCGUUGGCUUCUUGGAAGAUGAGCGCCGUGCCGUUGUCGCCAUCAGCCGUGCUCGUCGUGGGCUUUACGUCUUUGGGAAUGUCGACAACGUCCUUGGAGCACACCUGGCAUCGUUCAACCUAUGGUACAAGAUAUGCAACGGAUUCGCCACUCAGAGGCGAGCGGAAUGGAACAGGGGUCUACCUCUGGUGUGUCAACCACAUGGACGGGAGAUCUGGAUCAAGGAGGUCGACGACUGGGGCGAUAAUUGCGGUGGAUGCAACCUCCCAUGCAAGCAGACGCGCAACUGUGGCCAUCCGUGCACCCUCAAGUGCCAUGCCACUAGUCAUGAGCAACUUCCAUGCAGCGAGGCAUGCCACGAGGUCCUAGCUGCAGCUCGGCCGCGUAUGCCGCUGGAGCAAGAGCUGCUCCAAAAUUUGCAAAUGGGUACCGGACGGACCGCAAAGCAGGCUACCGGCACCCAAGCCGCCCAGACAGUAGCGCAAUGGAGACAAACUAUCUGGGAACACGACGAGCAGCAGCAGAACCAGCUGGCGCCCGCAACUCAUCAUCCGAAGACGGUGGUCCUUGAUGUCUAUCAGCCAACAACCCUGGUGGAAGGCCGCCGCGUUGGGGGCGGCAGCAGGAGUAUCCAGCAGAUUUCUCUAGCAAACAACCAGACAUCUGCAGUACCUGCCAACGCUCACCCAGAAGCGGUGGAGGAUCUCUUGGAUCUUACCGACCUAACUCUCACAGAUAGGCCGCAAGGUGGCAAUUCCGCUGGCUUGACGGUCUCGAGCCCCUUUCCCACCACCAACACAGCCCACGACUUAGUAGAUAUCGGCGUCCCUCCUCCCCUAUCGAGUGCCCGCCCCAGCAGGAAAAGUAGCAACAGCAGCGAGCAGCUGGCUUCCGCCGUCGCCGUGGCACAACAGCAGGGUCACGACCAGGAGAAGAGGAAGGAAAAAGAGCAAGGGGAUGGGGAGGCCGAGUUAUUGAUCCAGUUCUGA